AUGUUAUCCAGAUCCAUUGCUCGUGUCUCUAGAGCUGCCGCUCAACAAAAGAGAUUCUUAUCCUUACACGAAUACCGUUCUGCUGCUUUAUUGCAACAAUACGGUGUCCCAAUCCCAAGAGGUUUUGCUGCCACCACUCCAGAAGGUGCCUUUGAAGCUGCCGAAAAGCUCGGUACUUCUGAACUUGUCAUUAAGGCCCAAGCCUUGACUGGUGGUCGUGGUAAGGGUCACUUUGACUCUGGUUUACAAGGUGGGGUUAAGUUAAUCUCAUCUGCUCAAGAAGCCAAGGACUUGGCUCAACAAAUGUUGGGUCACAAGAUUAUCACCAAGCAAACUGGUGCUGCCGGUAAGGAAGUUACUGCCGUCUACAUUGUUGAAAGAAGAGACGCUGCUACUGAAGCUUAUCUUGCCAUCUUGAUGGACAGAGCUUCCCAAACCCCAAUCAUUGUUGCUUCCGCUCAAGGUGGUAUGGAUAUUGAAGGUGUUGCUGCUGAAAACCCAGAUGCUAUCAAGACUUUCCAAGUCCCAUUAAAGGAAGGUGUUUCUGAUGAUUUGGGUGCUCAAAUCGCCAACGUCUUGGGUUUCACUCAAGAAGCUAUCCCAGAAGCUGUCAAGACCAUCCAAGGCUUAUACCAAUGUUUCAUUGACCGUGACUGUACUCAAGUUGAAAUUAACCCAUUAUCUGAAACCCCAGACCACAAGGUCUUGGCCAUGGAUGCUAAGUUGGGUUUUGAUGACAAUGCUGAAUUCCGUCAAGAAGAAGUUUUCUCCUGGAGAGAUACUACCCAAGAAGACCCACAAGAAGUUGAAGCUUCCAAAUACGGUCUUAACUUUAUCAAGUUGGAUGGUAACAUUGCCAACAUUGUCAAUGGUGCCGGUUUAGCUAUGGCUACCAUGGAUAUCAUUAAGUUAUACGGUGGUGAACCAGCUAACUUCUUGGAUUGUGGUGGUACUGCUACCCCAGAAACUAUUGAAAAGGCCUUUGGUUUAAUUCUUUCCGACAAGAAGGUUAACGGUAUUUUCGUUAACAUCUUUGGUGGUAUCGUUAGAUGUGACUAUGUUGCCGAAGGUUUAAUUGCUGCUGCCCACACUUUCAAGUUGGACAUUCCAGUUGUUGUUAGAUUACAAGGUACCAACAUGGAAAAGGCCAAGGAAUUGAUUGAAAACUCUGGUUUGAAAUUGUAUGCUUUUGAAGAAUUGGACCCAGCUGCUGAAAAGAUUGUUCAAUUGGCUCCAAAGUCUGCUUAA